AUGGCUCUUGUAGCGGCAGUCAUUCUCUUCGCGAUAUCGUUUCUUGGAUGCAUCACGGUCUUUUUCAUUGCACCUUCUUUCACGACGUCUCUGGCUACACGCAUAGAGAAAUCGCUCGACCAAGUUGUCAGUGAGACGGAAAUGAGCACGCUGCCCACAUCGUGGAUACCACACGUGGUGGGUAUGGUGCAACACGGCCUGCGCGUGCUGCUCAUACCUUCGGUGCUGAUCGGUGCAGUGGGUGUGUGGGUUCUGGGCAAUCCGGAGCGACGGCGGCCAGGCAAGUGGCUCAUGGGCUACGGCCUGCUGGUGUUGGUCCACGGCUGCGUGCUUCUCUACUUUCUGCUCCGUGUUUUCUUCACUGGGCAGCUGGGCGUGUGGCAGAACACGUCACUCCAGCUCUUUCACGACGUGUUGGAAAAGCUGGAUGACGAGGCGAGCAAGUGCCUCUGGGAGUACGCUUAUCCCUGCUCCGGUUUCACCUCGUGUUGCGUGACCAACACAUCCUCACUGAACAUGAGUGAGGAGGAGCUGAUGAUGGACGAGGAGGUGUGGAGCUCUCUGUGCUUUGUCACGACGCAGAGUGGAAAAGCCGUGAGGCGGCGCCGUGAUCCCGACAACACCGACGUUUUGGAAGAGGUAACCAAAGUGGUGCAAGAGCAGUGCGGACAGAUCACUGCGCACAUUGGCCUCACUGAGGACUACCCGCUCUACUCCACCGCCUGCGCACUUGCUAAUAGGUCGAUAAGAAUUACCCCGGCACACUUCACGACGUGCGAGGACUACUUCAUUGGCCACUUCUCUUCGACGAUCGGCUUCGAUUUGUGCCUCUUUUUCGGAAUGACGGUCUGCAGCCUCGUGGCCGGCAUCGUCGCGCUCAUCACAAACCAUCAGCGGCCGCGCUCAUCCGACUUCACGCCUUUGAAUUCGCCUUCCUCAUCAGCCAAAGAGACCGUCAUGAUGCUAAAGGGCGAAUCCUCUGAUGACUGUCGCGGGGCGAACCGCAAACGCAGCUGA